GCCCACUUGUUCUGGUCUAUAGCCAUUCGUGGCCUGGCCGGUGUCCGUGUCGGAAGGCUGCUCCUCCUGGUGGUCUCUCUUCCCUGCCUUUUUAGGUACUCUACAGGUGCCAACUCCUCGGCUCAUCAGCGGAAACUCUCCUCUAGUGCUCUCACUGCUUUCUAAGAGGUAUUUGUGACCAACAUCCUCCCUCUUCUUGGCGGCAGGCGCCUUAACAACGCCCCAUCCCAACCAACACCUUCAACGCUCAAAGGUACUGUAAGAUCUUACCUGGCAGGUAUUUUGUGUCAUGUCUGCUGUUGCAGAGCAGGAACCUGGACUACCUGACCAAGAGCGAGAAGGUGAUGGGAUGGGGCACGACGCCAGGCAAAUUGUCCUGCAUGUGCUGCCAAUUGAAGAAGCUGCUGAUGACAUCGAUGGAACCGCAGCAUUUCUGGUUUCGCAGGCAGUGGUAAGAGCCAUUACCGAGGAAGAGUGUGGACAAGAGGAGAUAUGGCCUGAUGUUGAGGAGAUCUGGCCCCAGAUAGACGAGGUCUGGCCUAGUAUUGGAGAAUUCUGGCCUGAAGUAGAAGAGGUCUGGCCGGAUGUUGAGGAAGACUGGUAUAUCUGGAAUGGCGACCAGGAGAAUGUUGACGAUCAGAGGAAAGAUCAAGUUCAACAGGGCCACCCCAAUGAAGAAGAUGAAGACGAUGACGAUGAAGACUACGAAGAUGACGAUGACGAUGAAGACGACUACGAUGAUUAUGAAUUCGAAGAGGAUGAAGACGAGAACGAAGGGGAAGAUAACAACGAAAAUCAUGGGGAUGACAUUAUCCUGCGUGCCUAUUGAGGGCAAAGGAAGCUACGGAUGAAGAUAGAAUCAGCGAAUUGGUUCCUCGUGGAUUGGAGAUCAUCUAACAUUCAUUAACACACAAAUUAAUGAUCAUCGUAUUCUAAAAUCUUCACCCUCCUAUAAACACUGAAAACUUCCCCUUGUUUAAUCAUUAAAUCAAAAAUAAAAUCAUUUCAAAUG